AUGAGGUUUUCACCGCAACAUGUCGCUAUUUUGGCCACCACUUUUGCAACAUGGAUAUCAGUGAUAUCAGUGACAUCAGUGUCUGGCAGCUGUUUGCCUGAGAGCAUUCCAGAGCAAGAUCGCCUUUGGGUGGACGUGUCAGGCAGAAAGCCCCUUCGCUUGUUGGUGUACAACUGGCCCUCGGCCGAAGCAUUCACAUCCAUUGCCAACAUUUUGAUCAAUGAAGUGUUGGGGGUUCAUAGCGUGAUGAAUGAAACGAUCGACACAGUCUUGGAGGCAGCACUGAAAUUAUCUGGUUGUGAAGAUAUCGCUUGUGUUGAAAUCACUGAAGAUAUUGCGCAUUCCGCACUUGAGACAUGGGACAGUGCAUCGAAUGAAUUGAAAGACUUCCGAGUGGCUCAUGCUGAGAAGGCACCUCUGGAUUUAGGCUCAGUUGGUUACACGAGUGAAGAUGGACUGUAUCUUUCCAAAAAAGUUCUUUCCAGGUCAUAUGAUGAAACUGGGAACGCCUUGGACUUUUACAGAGGCUACAACCAAUCCCAUCACGGCAGUGUGCACCAGUUCUUCGAUAGCUUGGCAGAUUUGCAACCUGCUGAAUUUGUGGAUUGCAAUGAAUCGAAAUGGGUCAAUCCAGCCUUUAUCAAUUCUUAUGUACAGUACACAGGAGAUUUGGAUGGAGUGAUUGAUGUUGGAGCUGGAGAUUACCACGCGAAAUGUCAUGGGAAAUUCUGGAUUGCACCAGCAUGCCGACAGAAUGUUUCUGAAUGUAUACCAAUUGUUACCAGCGGAUAUGGAUGGGGAUUGGACAUCUUCAUGAUGUGGUCUGCCUCUUACGGACUUCCAACAGCCCUGGGUGUGACCCGAAGCUUUGCGUCGUACACCUCGAGCAUCUCUGCGAUCAAUGUGUUGUUCUACUGGUGGCGGCCCGAUGUGACCUUUCUCCAUUUGGAGCCCCAACAGGUGAUUUUCCCAAGGCACGAUGCUGAUGCUUGGGAAAGAGGAGAUAAAAGAACUGCUUUACAGGGGGCGCACAUUGGAAAGUUGGUGAAUGUGAAGUUGGAAGGUAUGGGUGGCAUCGGUUCCAGAGUUCAUGCCUUUUUGGACAAUGUGGAGAUCUCUUUGAAGGACAUUGAGGGCGUUUUGGCGAUUGCCACUGGAAAAAGUAUUGCAGAUGCUGCUUGUGACUGGAUUACUUCCAAUGAAGCCAAGUGGCAAAAAUGGAUUCCAGGAAAAACCGCAUGUGGCCCUGGCUAUGGUUUAAUCAACCGAAGCCUGCAGUACGUUUCCUCCCGCAGCACGGCAGUCGACUGUGGCCUUUGCAUUCCCGGUGGCUUCUCUGAGUUGGUGGUGGACAGUGUGGGGCGCACCCAUCGCUGUACGGCCUGUGAAGCUGGCCAUUAUCAGCACCUGUCAGGGGAGACGUUUUGUGCUGCAUGCGAAGUUGGAAGAUUUCAGGCUGAGAGUGGCCAGUCGUUUUGUGCUCUAUGCCCUUUAGGCAGAUUUGCCAACUCCUCGGGUAUGACAUCCUGUGAAAGAUGUGGCAAUGGAACUCAUUGGACGACAAAUCGCCUUGUGAAGGUGGCAGGUGCAGGUGGUGAAAACGAUGAAGACGAGAAGUGGAUUGAGACCGAGGGAGCUCCUUCAGCAGAUCUAUGCCACUGUGUGGAGGGAUGGUAUUUGUACCAUCCCCCUCCAUCGGGCCAGGCGUCGGGCCAUUCGACGUGCAGAGAGUGCAGCAGUGGCACCAGAUGCGUCGGAGGCGAACUUCAGCUUCUCCAGGGCUAUUUUUCCAGCCAAAAGGAGCCUGGAAAUGUCUUCAGGUGCUUCAACUCCAAUGGACGCUGUCCAGGUGGUUUGCCUGGCACUUGUGCUUCAGGGAGGGAUACAAGCAGCGUAGAUUGUGGACGGUGUUUACCUGGUUUGCGCGCGAAGGGUGCUGAAUGCGUGCCUUGUGAUGGAGUUGACUACUUCAUUUUGGCCCUCCUCGGCUUCUUCUUCUGCCUCAGUAGUGGUACGUUGCAUUUGGCGUCCUUACUGGCUUCUCGAAGCAAGAAGCAAACCAGCCUGAUGAAUGCAAUCGUGGCUGUCAAUCAGCUUGCGACCUGCUUGCAGUUUCUGGCUGUGAUGGGGCAACUUCACAUUGACUGGGGAGACCCUUUCAAGACGCUGCUGCGAUCUAUUGACUUUCUCUCUCCGAAGUUUUUGUGGGAACGGUUGGACGCCAUCAACUGCUUCACGACACUGUCUCCGGUGAGCACAUUUUUGCUGCAGAAUCUUGGUGUGCCUGGGCUUUUGUGUGCUGGUCCUGUCCUAAUUCAUGUGAUCUUGGGCGUGCUGCGGAAAGAAUGGAAGCUGCACCUACUUCUGGGCACCCUCGGACUGCUCUGUGUGCUUUUCGUGACCAUGUCUUGCAACUCAAUUCUUGAGCCUUUUCAGUGUGAACGACACCCAAAUGGCUUGUUGACUAUGCGCAGCAACCACGAUGUAUUCUGCACCUUUUCAGGUGUGCAUCUAGAUCUGUGCAUUUUUGGAUGGAUCCUAUACCUUUUUCCGAUCCUUUUCUUAAGUGUCUGUUCCUGGAUCCUGCUGAGUCAGCUGCCCAAGCGCCUGCAAGUGGCGGACAUGAAGUUCUUGCAGGCGUGCUCCUUUCUGAUUUUGCGCUUUCGUCCAGGAAGUGAGAUCUUCGCCCUCUUUUUACUGCUGCGCAACAUGCUGUUUGCAUUUAGCCCUGUACUGAGAGGAGAUGCUCCUUCACUGCUGAUGAUGCAGAUUCUCAUCUGCUUCAGCUUUGGUCUUGUGGCUUAUUUCAAACCUUGGCCCACUCGAUUGGCGACAUGUGUUGAUCUCUUUAUGCACAUGGCUUUGCUGCUGAUUUUGAUUUUUGGCGCAUUCUUUCUAGAGCUGCAGAAUGCACAUGCAACCAUGGUGGUGUGCACAGUUAUCGCCUUGCUUAUGAUGCUCGGCAUUUUGGCCAUGGCCGCCGAUGGAAUCAUAAGGUAUCUCUUGAGCCCGAUCAUCAAGCCUUAUCGUUUCUUCCUUUGUCAUCACAAAGGUGGUGCAGGCAGCUUGGCUCGGUGGCUGAAGAUGGAACUGAGCCGUUCUGCCUCAAAAGUCUUCAUCGACAGCGACAAUCUCACUGACCUCACGCGACUUUUCACCAUUGUCAGUGAACACGUGCAAACUGUCGUCAUCAUUGCAUCGCCCGGAGUGCUAACUCGUAAGUGGUGUGUUGGAGAGAUGGUGGCCGCCAGAUUGCAACAUGUGGAUGCGGUACUAUUGACCUUGCCCGCCUUUGUUCUGCCGGAUCAACACUUCCUGAAAGCAUUUGAAGGCAUGAUACCUGAAGUGAAGGAACUUGCCAGCUAUGGAUUUGGGGUAGCCGAGAUUCUGGAUACCUUUCGGUGGUUGAGCACCAUCCCAGAGAUUCCCUUGGAGAGAAUCACUCUUGCAGCUUUCAAUGAUGUUGUGGCUGAAUUGUUGAAGUCCAAGACACCCCACAAUUUCCAAAAUGAGAAUCGGAACAGAACAGAAUCGUCCAACUGUUUGAUCCUGGCAGAUUUAGACGACACGGAGGCUGUCGCAACAGCACAUAUUCUUUUGAUCCUCAUUGGCUCUGACAUGAUGCGUGUGCAUGGUGCUUUCCCACAGGUGUUGAAUGCUUUGGAUUCCAUCAAUUCGGAGGACUUCGCAGAACUGUUUUUGAUCAUGAUCUGUACCAAAGAUUGCUUGGUCUCGUUUCAGAUGGCCACGUGGCUCCUUGAAGCCUUGGACCUCUCUGGCGACGGCCAUGGCGAUGAUGGCGACGAUGGCGUCGGCGGUGGAAGCCAUGGCGCGACAUCGACAUCUCCACUGUCUCCACUGUCUCCACUCUCCAACUAUGCUGGCCAGGUUGGCAGUUAUCUCCGCGGGCCGAGCUGGUCACAAAGUGCGCAUGCCAAGAUCUCAAAGCAGAUCUUCAUUCUUCCAUUGGUGGCAGAAGACUUCCAAGUUCCAUCCCGCAGCAGCUUUGAGAAGAUUUUGAAGAGCUCAGCAUUGCCCACCAUCAACAAAGAACUCUAUGUCAACAUUUUGCAGGCCAUUUUUUUUCAAAUUGCCCUACCAUUUGCACCAAAGGUGUCUUCAGAAAGCGAUUUGAGGUUGAAGGCCAAGCAGAUCACUGAGCGGUUGCGAUCUGAUGUGAUGGGAUCUUUGCAAUCGAAUUUUAUGCUGGCGAGAGCCGCGAGUGCCUGGGGCCUUGAGAGAUCCCGCAGCAACUUGAAAGGUAACCUGCAUUUGUCUGGGUCACAUUCCCUGACCUAUGAACUUUGUAGCGAGACCACCGAAGAGACAGUGGAAUGCAAAUUCUGAGCUAAAAUUUGCGGACUUUGAAUGCAGAUUUACCAAUUUUUCUUGCUCAAGUAAUUCUGAGCAGGAUUUGGUGUACAGAAUUUUCAGGUUUCACCAAUGUCCUUGAAUGCUUUGAAUAUUCUUGCAUGUUUUCUCAAGUGCAAGGCGCGAAGCGGAUCCAGCAAGCUUGCCAGGAUGUUCCAGUUGGGCAGGUGUGACC